CUCUCUCUCUCUCUCUCUCUCUCUGUCUCUCUCUCUCUCUCUCUCUCUCUCUCUCUCUCUCUCUCUCUCUCUCUCUCUCUCUCUCUCUCUCUCUCUCUCUCUCUCUCUCUGUAUAUCUCUCGACCCCUUCAUUUAUUUAGUACCUCAGAAGGGAAAAAAAAUCUUUGCCAACGCACGUCUGAACUGACAGCCCCGCCCACUAACAGUGCUCGCAGUAGUUUUGCACCUGCCUCACCACUCGAGCCACUCUGAACACAAACCUUCAGCAGCUCCUCACCUGAACAGAUGAGGUUAGUACACCCUCAUCCUUUGACUGGACGUUUGGGAUUUAUGUAUUUCCAGCACUAGCUGUAAACAAUUCUGAUUUGUUAUUUAGACUUCAGAGGCCUUCAACUUUUCUCUAACGGCCGUGGGAACUAUCAGUAUCUGACCACUGUAACCUUCCUCAUCCGAUGAAGACGUCAGUAGUAGGGUUAGAAAUACAAAAUAAUUGGGAUUCUUAAAAUAUUUGUUGAGAGAUACGCAAGGUUUCCAUGUCAAGGGAGACAACCCAUAUGCGUAAAUCUCGGAGGGAAUGUGCUAAGUAACGGAUGUGAAUGUAAACAUGCAAUAGGCGACAGUGGCAACCAGGUAGGCUACUACGCAAGAACGCUCCCACCGGACCUCUCCACUGAACUUUACCCGCUCUGGCACUGACGCGCUGGGAGGUGCAUGCGAUGGCAGCCCUGGGUGAAGUUGGAAGCUUCUUGCACGGAAUAGAUGGUGUUGGGCACAUCGGGUCCCCAUUUUUUCUGACAGGUCUUGGGGACGGUCCCACGCUGCUGGGAGAACACCUCAUACCUGGAGAGAGGCUGUCGAGAAGUACGACGGCGGACUUGACUCACCUUAAAGGGAUCCUGCGGAGAAGACAGUUGUAUUGCAGAACUGGAUUUCAUCUUGAAAUACUUCCGGAUGGCACUGUGCAAGGAACCAGAAAGGACCACAGCCGGUUUGGUAUUUUGGAAUUCAUAAGCCUUGCAGUUGGAUUGAUAAGCAUACGAGGGGUGGACAGUGGCUUGUAUCUGGGGAUGAAUGACAAGGGAGAGCUGUAUGGCUCUGAAAAUCUGACAGCCGAGUGUGUCUUCAGGGAGCAGUUUGAGGAAAACUGGUACAACACCUACUCUUCCAACCUCUACAAGCAUGGAGAGAAAGGGACCCGCUACUUUGUAGCUCUGAACAAGGACGGCACACCCCGGGACGGGACAAAGUCCCGGAGGCACCAGAAGUUCACUCACUUCCUCCCCCGGCCGGUGGACCCAGAGCGGGUGCCUGAGUUGUACCGAGAGAUCCUGGGCCACAGCUGAGACCGGGCGGCUCCGGUCCCAGGUCAGUAAUAGCUGCUGGAGCUGUAGCAGCCCCUUACAGGGAACCAGGGAUGUGGCCUGCCUGCCUGGCUAGCUGGCUGUGUUGGACAGUGGAAAAGCCCCCGGCAGCAUAGCCAGCGAGGUGGGCAACCCUGGCGAUGCUGGGGAGAUAAAGGCACCGUGCAGGGCCUCCCCUCGGAAUGCACAGACGAGCUCUCAGCGGCCAGGAAGACAGUGUAGAAUGUCUGACAUUGUCAACCUGCACGUCGGCCAUGAGGAGGCCGUUUGUUCCAGGGGCCAAAUGACCCCCGAGAGAAGCCGUUUGGAAUAGGAGAAGAAGAGGAAGAGGAUCAGAGAGAAUGGGAUGGUGACGAGGCUGUGGGUGAGCCUCUCAGCGGUCAGGCAGCGUCUCCUCGGUGUCUGACUGGGAGGGGGGGGGGGGGGGGGAGGUAACUUCUGGAAGUGUCUGUUGGACAGAAGAGCCAGUUGAGAGUCCACAGGAUUCUAUACUAUUAACGAAAGUGGUGUUUUCAUUUGAGUACUAGCUAUGUGUUGGUGAGCCCAAGUUUAUUCAGAAGGACUUUGAAGGAAUUCAACUGCUUUUUAUUUAGUUUUACCUUUGACUAGACUCAUACAGAAAGCAGAAGAUGUCUAAGGUGUUAAUGUUUUAUUUAUUCAUUUCUAGAUUCAUAUAUUUAUGUUAUAUAUAUAUUUAUUUAUUUCAGAAUAUAUUUUUGCAGUUAAAUAUAUGCAGUAUACAGACAUUAUAUUCAUAGUACAUAAUGUUGAAAACACUGAAAAUCUUAUUUUCUUAUUGCUCUAAGUGACCUAGAGGGACAUUUCUACAACUUGAAAAAGUAAGUAAAGCAGUGGACAUGAGAUUUUUUUUGUUGUAGUCAGCGAAUUGGCUUUGUCUUUUUGUUACAGAACUGUACUUCCAAAUUGCAAUCAUUUGUGGCCAGAAAUGUUUGAUUAGUUAGGGUUUAUAGUUAUACAGACUGAACAGGUCCACCUAUAUAAACAGUCAUUUCUUUCCAACAGUAAAUGGUACUGAAUAAAAACACUUUUUU